UCAUAUAAUCUCCAUAUCAGCAAGAGGUAAUGAGAACUGACGAUUACCCAGCUGUGAAGGCGUACAUAUGCAAAGCAAAGUUUAAUUUCUUUAGCCAUCCGUGAAAUGCCAAAAAUAAGCAUGACUUGAAAAAGGAGAAGUUUGUCAGAUUUUCAAGACUCAUGAUUCAUUAGAAAACCACUAGAAAAGAUCCCCAGAUCCACACUCUCAGCAAUCUGGUCCAGCCAUGCUCUUCAAAACCGUUUUGGUAAUCCUCCUCUAUGUGUCAGGUGUUCUAGGCCAAAAUGGAUGGAGAGUGACUUACACCCCUGAGACAAUCUGUGGCUUAAAGGGGUCUUCAGUAGACAUGCGCUGCAGUUACUUAUAUCCCAAAUCUCACACAGUGCAGAAAACAUUCUGGUUCAUUCACCAGAACCCUAUACCGGAGCUUGAUGACCUGUCCCUGGAUCCAGAGUACUCUGACCGUGUGGAGUACCUUGGGAAUAAGAAAAAUAACUGCACUUUUAGAAUAAACCAACUGAGAGAAAGUGAUAGAGAAGCAUAUCACUUCAGGUUCCUGACUAACCGUGAAGAUUCAAGAUAUACUGGUAGACCUGGUCUUACAUUAGAAGUUACAGCUCUACGGGUGAUAAUGUAUCCUGACACAGUAACAGAGGGACAGAGUGUAACACUGACCUGUAGCACCACCUGCACUCUGACUGGCCUCCCAGCCUUCACCUGGUACAGGGACAGAUCUCCUCUGUCCUUCACCACCCAGACACACCAGCUCACAGCCAGCAGUGAAGAUGGAGGCAGAUACUCCUGUGCUGUAAAAGGCUAUGGGCAUCUCCCCUCCCCUGCAGUGGCUCUUACUGUGAACUAUCCUCCUCAGGGCACCACAGUGUCAUUCUCUGGUGAAAUAGUGGAGGGCAGUUCAGUGACACUGACCUGCAGCAGCGAUGCCAACCCACCAGUGAACAGAUACACCUGGUUGAAGGGGAAUAGAACUGUAUCCUCAGCGACAGGAGGACCAGAGGCAAGCUACACCAUUAAACACAUCACACGGCAGGAUUCUGGAGAGUACUACUGUGAGGCAGGAAAUUGGAUUGGGACACACAGAUCUCCUCCAAAACUUCUCGAUGUGCAGUAUUCUCCCAAGAACACCUCAGUAUCAGUGAGUCCCUCUGGUGAAAUAGUGGAGGGCAUUUCAGUGACUCUGACCUGCAGCAGCGAUGCCAACCCACCAGUGCAGAACUACACCUGGUUUAAGGAGAAAAGAGCUGUGUCCUCACGGAGAAAAUCUGGAUUGAAUCACACCAUAACUAACAUCCUCUCUCAGGAGAGUGGACAGUACUACUGUGAGGUGCAGAACCAGGUUGGAACUCAGAACUCUACUACUGAGACCAUAAACGUUCAGUAUCCUCCCAAGAACACCUCAGUAUCAGUGAGCCCCUCUGGUGAAAUAGUGGAGGGCAGUUCAGUGACUCUGACCUGCAGCAGCGAUGCCAACCCACCAGUGCAGAACUACACCUGGUUUAAGAAGAAUGAAACUGGAGUCUGGCAGGCAGGAUCAGGACAGAGUCUGACGCUUUCUAACUUUAGAUCCUGGAACAGUGGACACUACUACUGUGUGUCAGAGAACAAACAUGGACCUCAGAACUCUACUGCUCUACUGGCCACAGUGCAAGGAGGUCAGAUUGUGGCUGUGGCUGCAGCUGUGGGAGUCGGUGCCAUUGUGGCUCUUGUGUUUCUUGGUGUUGUCUGGGUGAGCAGGAGAAGAAAAUCAACAAAUGUGACAGUGCACACAGAAGGGGACAGGGAGGGGAAUAAAGGCCCCAUUUAUAGCAACGUCUCAGGGACGCCAAUGAGUCACACUGAAACCCUGUGUACAGACAGAGGAAACGGUGAAGUUCCCCUCUACUCCUCUGUACAACCUUCUAACACACACAACCAAGUAGAGCUUCUAUACUCCACUGUGUGCUGCCCUCAGAGUGAGGAUGAGGUUCAGUAUGCCAGCGUCCAGUUCCUCCCCUCCGGUGCUGGCCCCAGGCCACCAGCAUCGACAGUGACGGAAGACUGCGUUCUCUACAGCACAGUUCGAAAACAUCAAACAUGAAAAUAAAGCGUCCACAUCUCUCAUUUCACAAACCUUGGGCCGACGCUGAUUAUGCAGUGUGCAAACAGUAUCUCUUUGAAUGUGCAAGCAUUUCCUGUGUUUUAACAAGCAAAUAUUCUGUCUGGAUAGCAAUCCUUAAGCAUCAACAUCCUUCGCUUGGAAUCAACCAAACAUGUACCUGAUGACAUGAUGUACCUUAUGACUAAAAUAAUUGAUUAUAAGAUUGAAAAAUAUUUUUACAUUUUUACAUUUUUUAUUUAUUAGUUUAUUUGUCAGGGACAAUGCAGAGAUAAUUCUAACAGGUUACAAUAGCAUGACACAUGUGUUGCAUCUAGUAUUUCUAGCCAAGGCUAAUUAGCAAUCCCUGUUCUUUUUUUAAGCUUUUCUUCUUAAAAAUAGUCAUUACAUAUCAUCAUUACCAAAAGUACAUUAGUCAAAGUGAGCACAUAGUAAAUAGUGACAUUGCAGGUGAAUGCAGGUGAUUCAGGAUUUGCUGAGCAGACAUACUAUCUGAGUGACAUAUAAGGGAAGAAACCGCUCCAGUCGUCACACUGGAGAUCAGACUCAGACUCUUUCAGGGACUGUUUACCUCUCUACUAUCCCCUUUCCCCCCAAUUUGCUUAUGAACUUAUGAACUCAGGUCACAUGACGGUGGUUAUUGGGUGUUUAAAGGUAUACUCAAAAU